UACAUUUCGUAAGAUGGCGGAUAGUGCAAGUGAAAGCGACAGUAGUUCUGUUGAUGGGAGUUUGAUGAUUCCUCCCUCUCCAAUGACCCGAGAACAGUUUCAAAAACGUAAUGAAUCUCUUUUACAAGAAAACAGGGUGUUAAAGAUGGAAUUGGAUACUUAUAAACUUCGUGUGAAAAGCUUACAAGAAGAUAAUCGUGCUCUUCGACAAGCUAGCGUAAAUAUUCAAGCAAAAGCUGAGCAAGAAGAGGAGUAUAUUAGUAACACUCUGUUGAAAAAAAUCCAAGCCUUGAAGAAAGAAAAAGAAACUUUAGCAUUGAAUUAUGAACAGGAAGAAGAAUGCUUAACCAAUGACCUCUCACGCAAAUUGAAUCAGUUACGCCAUGAGAAAGUUCAGCUGGAACAGACACUUGAGCAAGAACAGGAGGCAUUAGUUAACAGAUUGAUGAGAAAAAUUGAAAAGUUAGAGGCUCAAACUUUGACCAAGCAAUCAAACUUGGAACAGCUACGUCGAGAGAAAGUUGAACUGGAGAACACCCUUGAACAGGAACAAGAAGCACUUGUCAAUCGUUUAUGGAAGCGAAUGGACAAACUUGAAACAGAGAAAAGGAUGCUUCAACAAAAACUUGAUCAGCCAGUCUCUGCACCAACUUCACCUCGAGACAUUAAUAAUGGUGAUACAGCUGCCAACUUGACACUUCAUGUACAGCAUCUUAGGAAUGAAGUUGCCAAGCUCAAAAUGCAGUUGUUAAAUGCCCAACAAGAACACUCUGAAAAGAUGGCUCAGUUUGCCAUGGAUGAAAAGCAAAUACGUGAGGAGAAUAUUCGACUUCAGAGAAAAUUACAAAUGGAGACGGAACGUCGAGAAGCUCUUUGUCGUCAUUUGUCAGAAAGUGAAUCUAGUCUGGAAAUGGAUGAAGAAAGGCAUUUUAAUGAGAUGUCUCAAGGCUAUAAUGUUCGGCAGAGGACUGUCUCCAGUCCAAUUCCGUAUAAGUCCUCUCCUAACUCUUCUAGACCAUUAAGCCCAGGUGUGGGAUUUGGAAAUCCAGAUAUGAUCAGCUCUCCAAGUCCAUUGGGUCACUGUCCACAUUGCAUGCAGCCUAUUUAUCAAAUUAUUGCUCCAAGUGGUUAUUUACCCAGUACGUCACCACCACCAUCUCUGUUGAACAUCCAUUCUACCCGUAUUCACCAGGGAGCAUCAACAGCUACAACUCGACCAAGCAGCUCUCAGGAAAAGUUUAUAAAACCAGCCCCACCAACUAAUCCCCACCAUGUUGUAGUUACUUCUCAAUCAACUUCAACAUCUGGAGACAAAAGCUAAAUUCAGAAGAUCCUUGUAUAAAAGGGUGUCUGGUUUCCAAGAGAACAGAGAAAUGGCAAAAAAUAAAUAUUUUUUAAGGGUGAAGCUUUAUUUAGUCAUUAUACUAACAUGACCAAAAAAAAAGGGAAUUUUUGAUGAAAUGUUUUUUUUUUAAAAAGGUAAGAAGUUAUGGCUUGCCUAUCUUUCAGUUUGAAGCCAAGAUAACUCCAGACCUGCUUUAUGUCUUUCAAAAGAAGUUCUUAUUCCAGUCAUAGGAGUGUGAUGAAUUAAUGUAAAUAAGCAUUAUGUUUCUAUUUGUGUGCUUGAGCAUUACCUACAUUUUUUCUUUGUGGUGCCUUUAAAAGAGCUGUUGAUUAUAUAGUUUGUUUUUGUGUUAAAAAUAAACAUUUUUUACAUGAGUUUGGCAGGUUUAAAAAUUUGUUAAAUUACAGAAUUUUAUAAAUGAUAUUUAUCAUUUUGUUUGAAUAAAUUUGCUAAACACUAAUUGUAAAAAAAAAGAAAAGAAUACACUAUGAAUAUAAGGGAAACCUGAGUAUUUACACCAUAUUUUUACACGCUUGAGUAAUAAUAGGCACAUCCAUUCAAGAACUGUAUUUCUAAUUAUAAUAGUGUUUGACUAGUAAGCCUUGAAAUAUGUUUCAGAAAAGGUGUUUAUCUUUAUAUUUUAAAACUAAUUUACUUCUGUUGUUAUUAUAAGUUACAGUUGCUUAUUGAAUUACAUUUGAAAAAGAAACUCGUGUGAAGCAGGAGAGCAGAUCAUGUGUAUUAUAAUAGAGGUGUCAUUCAAGUGAAGUAACUUAAUUAUUAAUGUAAUACUGUAAUGAUUACAUCAUAUCUGGGCUUUUUUUCUAACUGUUGGACAAGAAUGAAAUUUUGGAAAAUGAACAUUGUAAGGAAACUGAAAGAAGUAUGAUAGUACCUGUGUUAUCUACAAUAGUCUGAAACUUCUAGAAGUUGUUUCCAAUUAGGCCCCGCUACAUCCCAAGUUAUAAAAAUAUGAGCAAAUUUUUUUCAUUAAUUAGUAUGUCACAGAACGUUGGUUUUACAAAACUGUAAAAUUACGUACUAGGUUCUUGAAGGAAACCUGAAAAAUAGUGUGUAUAUACACACACACACAAAUUACAUAUACUUACUAUAGUAAAUAUUCAUGUUAAACCUUUUUUCCUUAAGUUUGUUUUGAAAGUAAUUUUUAAGUUAAAAAUGUUGGUUUGGGUAAAAUAUAUUUCUAGUUGAAUAAAAUAGUACAAUUAUGUCCUUAAUGUACUAGACAGAAUAAAUGCUUGUAGUGCGAA